UAACCCGCUCCGGCUUUUUUCCAGCCAAACCCCCCACUCACUCACUUCCCUGCUUUUCAAGCUGGAUACGCUGGAAUGAGUCAAUCAACAAAACUGCGAGCUUUGCUUAGGAACAAAGAGAAAACUGCACACAGACUCUGCUCAUCACUAAAGUAAAAUCAACAAAGGAUGGAAGAGAAAGAACAGCAAAAAAGAACACAACCUUAUUUCUAUCUUUUUUUAAAUGUGGUAAGAAAGAUUCCUCUCGAUUUCAGAGUUGGAGAAAAUAUCUUGGUGAGAAAUACUAAUUUUCCAAAAUACAAACUCUUCAUUUUGGUGAUAGAAGAAAUAUAAGUGCUAAACAAAAGCACAUGAAGAAAUAAGCUUCAGAAAUAUUAUAACAGCAAAAAGCAAGGAUCAACUUGUUUUCCAGAAAGUAGUGAAAAAUCUCAAAAUUCACCCUGUGACGAAAAAGAAAAUUACCAAGGAUCUUCCUGGAUGCAAAGUGAACUCUGCUAAAAAGAGAAUGAGGUAAGGUUUUCUUCAGCUGAAUAUUGCAACACUCAAAUCUUCUCAGUAACUGAGAAUUUGCUCAGUUUAAUGCUGGAGCAGCUGUUUUGAGUCUCUGCUUGAAGGGGGAAAUGCAAGUCUUAAGUCUUUAGCAGAGUUGAGAGAGACACAGAAGAGACAGAGAAAGAAAGAAAGAGAAAGGAAGAGAACAGGCUGUGCUUAAUAAAAGCCCUGCUCAGAUUACAAAAACAAGCAUUUUACUCACCCCCACCCCUUCAAGUAAUGGGUAAAUUUAGAUGUCUCAGUUCGAUAAAUCUUUACGGUCCCCUUGAGACUGUCACCAGUGUUUUAUUGUCUGCAGCUUCCUGACCCUCACCUGAUAAAUUAGGAACUGUAGAGAUUAAAACGGAAAUCUCAUACAUAAUUUCUGAAGGUAUUUUUGGGUUACCCUCUGUGGAGAAACAGGAUUCUUAAUAAGGGGAAAUAUGGGAACUGCUGCCUGCCUACGCACACGCUGCUGGAGACAAGACACUCAGGAGAGGAGGAGUUGCAAACACACAACUCGAGCAUCUGCCUUUGCAUCAGUUUGUACUCACAAAGAGCAAACCUACAUACACUGCAUCUAAACAGCACUGUUUGGCUUUGAGAUUCUUCUAUCACUUUUUUACUGCUGUAAAAAGAAAGAAAAAGAAAAGGAAGCUAAUGCACUGCUUGCUUUUCACAGCUACUGAAUUUUUCCCUAUAAUCUUCUGAAACUUGAACCUCGCUAUAAAGGGGAGACCAGACCACAGAACCCUACCAACCAGAGAUGGACACAAGACAGGACUUUCAUUUUUAAGCCUAUUUUGCACUCAGCAAGGCACAGGAUAAAAAAAUUGGAUACCAGCUCGGAUAUGGUCACAGUAUCUGAAAAUAGCAGAUGACCAGUUCACUAUACUGACCAUGCUGGCCUUUCUUCAGGACCAUCCUGGACCAGAGAGGAACAGUGAACUCUUCAACCGUACACAAUUCCUGCGCAAAACACAGCUCCUGAACGCGUUCUGCUGGGCACAAAAAUGUCCCAUCCUUUACAUUUCUUGAACGGGUUUGGAGCUGGCAAUGGAUCUUUGUCGGCUCUCUCAGUAACAGGAGCACCCAAGCAGGACGACCUAAGUGACGAACAAGGAAACAAAGUGCGCUGGGCAGCGUUGCUGAUCCUCCUGGUGAUAAUCCCCACCAUUGGGGGGAACAUACUUGUCAUACUGGCCGUGUCCCUGGAGAAAAAGUUGCAAUAUGCUACCAACUACUUUUUGACGUCCUUGGCGGUGGCAGAUUUGCUCGUGGGUCUGUUUGUGAUGCCCAUUGCCCUCCUCAUAAUAUUAUUUGACAAUACCUGGCCUUUACCAACUGCCUUGUGUCCUGUCUGGCUGUUCCUUGAUGUCCUCUUUUCCACAGCUUCCAUCAUGCACCUCUGUGCCAUCUCACUAGACCGCUACAUUGCGAUAAAAAAGCCAAUCCAGGCUAGUCAGUACAACUCAUGGGCUACAACAAUCAUCAAAAUCAUCGUGGUUUGGCUCAUUUCAAUAGGCAUUGCAAUCCCCGUCCCUAUCAGAGGCAUCGAAGAUGGAAACAGUAACUCCACAAACAUCACGUGUGUCCUGAUGCCUGAUCGCUUUCAUGACUUCAUUCUGUACGGCUCAGUGGCUGCGUUCUUCAUCCCCCUCGCUAUCAUGAUCGUCACCUAUUUUCUGACAAUCCAAGUGCUGCGCAAGAAGGCCUAUUUGAUCAACAAACCGCCCCAGCGCUUCACUUGGUCAACGGUGUCCACAGUGUUCCAGCGUGACACGACACCUGCCUCCUCACCAGAGAAGGUGGCCAUGCUAAAUGGCUCCAGGAAGGACCAGACCUUGUCCAGUGAUAUGCCUCUCUGCAGGACAUCUACAAUUGGGAGGAAGUCCAUGCAAACCAUAACCAACGAGCAAAGGGCAUCAAAAGUCCUGGGGAUUGUAUUUUUUCUUUUCCUGUUGAUGUGGUGUCCAUUUUUCAUAACAAACAUAAGUUCAGUUCUGUGCAACUCCUGCAACAAGGAGGUUUUCCAAAAGCUUUUGGAGAUAUUUGUUUGGAUAGGAUAUGUAUCCUCAGGAGUGAACCCUCUUGUAUAUACACUCUUCAACAAAACAUUUAGGGAGGCUUUCAGCAGGUAUAUCACUUGCAACUAUCGGACCACAAAGCCUAUCAAGGCCCUGCGGAAGCGCUCCAGCAGGAUCUCUUUCAGAAGCUCUGUGGCAGAAAAUUCCAAGCUCUUCGUCAUGAAUGGGAUGAGAAACGGGAUUAACCCCAUUAUGUACCAGAGCCCAAUGAGGCUGAGGAGCUCACCCAUCCAGGCAUCAUCGGCCAUUCUGCUGGACACCCUGCUGCUCACCGAGAACGAAGUCGAUAAAACAGAAGAACAAGUCAGCUACGUAUAGUGAGACUGCAGCCGUGUCUGUGUAUAGCAUUGCUGUAUGUAUUAUUCUAGAUAACUGUGCUGUAAGAGGGUAUAAAUACUACUGUUUUCUGUUAUUUAUGCAAGCAAUAUCUUAUAAAUUUAUAUUAAUUCCUCUCCUCCAAAGACUUCUCUACUUUAACCCCAACUCCACGGUUGCCAUGGUGGCAACUGCAACUUCAUUCCAUGAAAAAUGACUCAUGCAGAACUGUAGCCUAAGGAAGAGGGAAAUAAAUAAAACCUAAAUCAGUUUGAGUAUGUGA